UAGGACGGUAAGGUUCUGACGGAGGAGGGACGAAAACAUGAGGUCAGGUAGGAGGACUAUAAAAGCUCUGCCUAACUUCAACCAAACGAGGGCUUAAUGACAGCCUGCAGGCCUGAUGUAGAAGAUGUGGGAUGCAGAGCAGCUUCUCUGUGAAGUAUUUGACACAAACAGCAGGAUGUGUUCACAGGAGUCCUGAGGAAGCAGCGUUUCACACGUCGCCACGAUGCCCAGGUUUCAGAUGAGUUUGGGAUGUUUCCUCCUCCUUUGCUGCGUCUGGCUGGCCGAGUCCCGGCAGCUGAAGUUUGUCGUUGCUGUGUUCCGACACGGCGAUCGAUCUCCUAUUGAGUCGUACCCCAGGGAUCCACACGGGGAGGAAGUGUGGGCUCAGGGCUUCGGACAGCUCACCGAGCUGGGCAUGAAACAGCAGUUUGAGCUGGGGAGAUAUCUACGCAGGCGCUAUGCCGACUUCCUCGGCGAGGACUUCAACAACAAGGAGAUAUACGUCCGGAGCACUGACUACGACCGAACUCUGAUGAGCGCCCAGGCCUGCCUCGCCGGGAUGUUCCCCCCCACCAGACGCCCGCCUCCCAUCAUGCCCCAGUUACUGUGGCGGCCAAUUCCCGUGCACACCGUCCCCAGGGCCCAGGAUAAGCUGUUGAAGUCCCCAGGCAAAGACUGUCCAAGGUUCAGAGCUUUGAUGACAGAGACCUUUGAGAGCGCCCCCUACCAGAGGUUCCUCCGGGCUCACCAGAGGUUUGUGGAGGGGCUUUCCAACCACACCGGCUACCCGGUGUCCAGACUGGUGGGAAAGAAAAUUUGGAGGGUUUACGACACGCUCAGCUGUCAGAGGAUCCAUAACUUGACUCUCCCUCGCUGGGCCACCCAUGACGUCCUGGACACCCUGAGGAGGAUAGCAUCCUUUGAGGUCACGUACAGCAUCCUCAGUCACAAGCGAAAAGAGAAGGCCAGGCUCUCGGGAGGGGUGUUGCUAAACGCCAUCCUGAGGAAUUUCUCCAGCGCCGUGGAGCACGGCAGCGCGCUCAAACUCAUUCUGUACUCAGCCCAUGACUCCACACUCAUCACCCUCCAGGCAGCUCUGGACAUCUACAACGGGCUCCUUCCUCCCUACGCUGCCUGUCAACUCUUUGAGUUCUACCAGGAGUAUGAUGGAUCCUAUUCAGUGGAGCUGCAUUACCGUAAUGAAUCCUCGUCCGACCCCCACGCCAACCCUGUGCCGGGAUGCAACGGCGUCAACCCCUGUCCUUUGUCCACGUUCACCGAGCUGCUGCGGGACGUGAUGCCGGAGGAACGGGAGGUCGAGUGCGGCUUCAGGACAAGGCUGUCAAGCACAGGCGUCAUUACAGCUCUUGCAGUGGCGGUGGGUCUCCUGGCAGUGGCGCUGUUGCUCAGCAUAGUGGUGGCAGUCCAUAGGCGGAGAGCGUCCUACUCCAGGGACGUGUAGAGCAGAGAGCCACCAAAUAUGUGCCAAAAAUAACAAAAGCAUGCUUCCAAGCUGUGGCUACUGCCCCGGUAACUCUGUACUUAAGCAUCUAAACACUUUGGGAUGAGUUUAGAAGCUCUUUUUCUCAUCUUAUGAAUCUGACGUCUGAAUGAGCCAACAAAUGCACAAUAUACCUGAGAAAUGUAAACAGAAAUAAGAUGCAACGGGAAAUAAACCAACUGUGUUGCAGAUCAUCAAUAAACUUUAUUUGAAUCACUCGUAAUAACUUGUAUCCCUCAUGGUGACAUUCACUCUACAUCUGCA